AUGAAGCGCAAGCUGGAUUCUAAUGAUGCUCCCACAGUGGAAGUCCCUCGGGAAAGCAAAGACUAUGAAGCCUCAUUCGACACUUUUGGCCUUGAUCCUCGACUGAUGCAGGCCAUCGCAAAGUCAGAAUACUCAGCUCCUACCCCCGUACAAGCAAAGGUGAUCCCUCUGGCUCUCGAAGGAAAUGAUAUUCUGGCCAAGUCAAAGACGGGGUCCGGCAAGACCGCCGCCUAUGUCCUUCCAAUUCUUCAGUCGAUCCUCCGUCGAAAAGCAGCCUCGCCGAAAACGAGAGCUACCACUACUCUUAUCCUCACGCCCACGCGAGAGUUGGCAGACCAAGUCCACAAGGCCUUCAAAACAUUUGCAGAAUUCUGCUUGAAAGAAAUACAAACCCUAAACUUGACGCAAAGAGUGUCGGACGCAGUUUUGCACGCGGUAUUACAGGAUUCUCCUGAUAUUAUUGUCACCACUCCCGGAAGAGCGAUGCAAUAUCUGAAUUCAGGCAGAUUGUCACUCGAGAACAUAACCCAACUGGUCAUUGAUGAGGCGGAUAUUGUUCUUUCGUACGGAUAUGAGGAUGACAUGGAUAUGAUUGCGACGUCCAUCCCGCGUGGUGCCCAGACUUUCCUGAUCAGUGCCACCCUGACACCCGAAGUGGAGGCGUUGAAAACUAUGUUCUGCCGAGACGCGGUGGCGGUCAAGAUUGACGACAAAGAAGAGAAGGGCGAAGGAGUAACACAAUACGUUGUCCAGUGUGGUGAAGACGAGAAGUUUCUGCUCAUAUUCGUCAUGUUCAAGCUUCGUCUCAUCCGAGGGAAGGCUCUUGUCUUUGUGGCAGACGUGGACAGAAGCUAUCGCUUGAAGCUGUAUUUGGAGCAAUUCGGAAUCAAGUCCUGUGUGUUGAAUGCGGAGCUGCCUGUCAAUUCCCGACUGCACGUUGUUCAAGAAUUCAACAAAGGUUUAUACGACAUUCUAAUUGCGGCCGAUGAUCAGGAAGUUCUUGGUGGAGUCGUGAGGCGCAAGACCAAGGCACCGGGAGGGGAUGACUGCCCGAAUGGGAUCGGCGAUGAGGAUGGCGAUGAGGAGCCACGACCGGCCAAAAGGACGAAAAUCUCCAAGAACGAAAAGGACUACGGCGUAUCAAGAGGGAUUGACUUUCAGAACGUGGCUUGUGUUAUCAAUUUUGAUCUACCACGAAGCUCAAAGUCAUACACUCAUCGCAUUGGCCGGACAGCAAGAGCCGGCAAAGCAGGUAUGGCGUUGUCCUUUGUGAUUCCCAAAGAUAAAUUUGGCAAACACAAACCCACGAGUAUUUCAUCGGCCAAGAAUGAUGAGCGAGUGGUGGAAAAGAUCAUUGCUCGUCAGGCCCAAAAGGGCAACGAGGUCAAACCGUACCAUUUCGAUAUGACACAAGUGGAUGCCUUUCGAUAUCGGGUGAAUGACGCGUUGCGGGCCGUUACAAGAGUGGCAGUUCAUGACGCUCGUGCCAGAGAAAUCAGGCAAGAAUUGAUCAAGAGUGAGAAGUUGAGAAAACAUUUCGAAGACAACCCCGAUGAUUUACGACACUUGAGACAUGAUGGUGAACAUGGAGCACUUGUCAGACGUCAGGCCCACCUCAAACAUGUUCCCGAUUAUUUGAUGCCCACUCAAGGGAGACAAGCCAUCAGCGCCGACGAAGUUGGACAUGUUCCAUUCAAGAAGCAUGAUUCGGACCGAAAACAAAAGGACCAUAAGAAACGAGGUGGUAUGCGGAAAGGACGAAACGGAGGAAAAUCCAGGGGCAAGGUCGACCCAUUGAAGUCGUUCACGGCCAGGAAGAAGUAUUGA